AUGGGUCUCUCCAACGCUCUUAAAGCCGGCCAGACCGUGAUCGAACUUGGCCGCACCGCCCAGGGCCUAUCCGGCGCCGCAUCCGAACUACGCUCCGCAGACAAAGGCGAACUCGGUCGCCAGGCUGGCCGUCACGUAUUCAACGAGGGCGCCGAGACGGGCAAGACGAUGGGAAAGACAUGGCUCAAGACGUUCGAGGUCGUGCCGCGCCUGGUGUGCCGCGGCCUGCAGUUCCUCUUCGCCCUCAUCGCCUGCGGCUUCUAUGGGAAUCGGGUUCAUGCCGAGGAUAAGGCGGACGAAGGCUUCUCGCCAGAGUGGAUCUUCGCCAUCACCGUGGCCGGCGCUGCUGCCGUCACGGCCGUCCUCUUCGUCGCGGCUACGCCGCUUGGCGCCAUCCCCUUCAUCGGGAGCAAGAUCAAGAUUUUCAAGACAUACCGCGCAUUCGCCUGGGACUUGUUCCUUUUCAUCAUGUGGAUUGCCGUGUUUGGGAUCUUUGCCGGCAUUUUCCUCAAGAGGGACAGUGACGACAAGUACAAGGGCAGCAGCACGGGCCUGAUGAAGACCGCUGUCUGGGUUGACCUUGUGAACGCCAUCCUAUGGCUGGUAUCUGGCGUGUACGGCUGUAUCAAGACGUUCUUGGGUGACAGAGCAGAUCAGUUGUCGGACAAGGUUGGCCAGAAGCUGUUUGAGAAGAAGGCCAAGGCGCCCGCGAAGCAGGCUGAUUACGCCGAGAGCGUUUAA